AUGAGCGGCGCUCACAUCCCACAACAGCCGUCGGCGCUGGGCCUGGGUCUGCGGCCCGACCCAGUGCCAGCAUCUGCAGCGCCCAUGGCCAUCCCGCCACGGGUACGUCGCCGCUCCAUCUCAAGCAUGAUGGGGUCUCCAGGUUCACCAAGCAGACGCCCUUCCUCGCUCCUCCCCAGUCCAUCAGAACAGGGAGGUAUCCUCCGCCGCCGCAUCAGCUCGAUGUUUUCUUCGGACGGCGACCCCGGUUCCCCGCGCCAGCCGUUUGCGCUCGAACCCGAUGUCACCGAACCGGAACCCGAACCGUUCAAAGACCGCGACGCUAUCAAAGUCAAGAUUAUCACGUGGAACAUGGCCGACUCGAUUCCCAAGGGCGAUCUGUCGGUGCUUCUCGGCGAAAUACCGCCGAGCGCCUACGACUUAUUGCCAAGAGGCGACGAGAUCCCAGAACUCCCCCUCGAGGACGUGCACCCCUACCACAUUGUGGUAUUUGCCGCGCAAGAGUGUCCCAGCGCGUCCGGCAUGCCACGCGGACUCGGAGGCUCGCUCAUGAAGGGCGUGGGCUUGCAGAAGUCGGACGCUGCGCGCCGCGAACGCGAUGACAAGAAGGAGGAGCACGGGGAGAAGCGGCGGCAGGAGAAGGAGACUGAGAAGGGCGCGAUGAAGGCGAUCCGCGAGAUUCGAAAGGACUUCCUAGAGCGGUCCGCCACGGACAAGGACGCGCUCCACGCCAUCAAGGAGCUCCGGAAGGAGUACAAAGAGCGCGAGGGAUCCGCCGCAACUCUCAAGGACAUCAUUGGCAAGGACAAAGACACGAGGGAGAAGGAGAAGGAGAAGGACGCCAGGCUGUCCGGUCUGGGUUUAAACAUCACCAGCCUCGCAGACGACGUCUCGGAGAAGUCACAGCAGUCAAGGUCUGCUGUGAUUGCCGAGAGCUCGUGGGAAAGCGACUCGUCACCCUCGGAGGAAGUGCAGACGAACGGCCAUGCCUAUCCCCUCGACAAGGACAACGCCGCUGCUGCGUCUGAGGAUGCUGACGUUACAAGUCAGGCCACUGUCCCCAGCCCGAACGGAGCCACAGGUUUGCCAUUUCCGAAGGUUGUACCUCUCGUCGUUUCACCACCUGCGGCUGUUCAGCGUAGCAAUGUCGUCGUCGGCCCAGGCAGCGCCGACGGGGCCCAGACCGACACUCCCAUCAUCAGCUCCAAUGGUGACAGUGUCUCCCCUGCGUCCCAGCCAGCAGAUCCGAAGCCCAUCCAGGGCGUUAAGGAUUACAAUGGCGAGCAAUCUCCGUCACUUGCUCUCCCCACACCCAUCACUCCCGCAAAAGAGAAGCCCUCGCGUGAGAAACUGAAGAUCGACCCGCAGUACAAGCGGAAAGCCGACUCCAAAGAAACGUUAGGCAGCGCACGCAGCCUUACCGCGUUCGACAUUGGUCUAGGGAGUCCCAUGACCGAUCUCGCAGGGGCGAUAGCCCGCAAGGGGUGGAGCCACAUGCUCGAAGAGUGGUUCUGCGCCGGGCCUCCUAACCUGUGCCGCGAUCUUUCGUCUGUCGCCUCAACACAUAUGAACGGAUCAGACAUCAGCUCACAUCGCAUCAACGGCGACUCUCUCUCACCGUCUGGCACGGGUCAGCCGGCGCCGUCGCAUCACCGCGCGUGGUCCACGUCGCACAAGCGAUCGUCGUCAAUGAGGUCAAUAAAUAGACCUAUGAGCGUGGAGCAAAGCGUAAAGAUCCCGGCUCCAGUAACAAACGGCAAUCUCGGCGUUCCCUCAGUACCGUUCGGCAGGCCCCUGUCUAGCCACUCCAUCCAGUCACUCGAUACUGUCGCCAGCUCCUUGCUUGCGUCACAGGAAGAUCGUCAGUUUGGCCGAUCUCCCGUCGUUCGCGAGAUGGGCCGGUCGCCGGCCGUGUUCGAUUCCCCCAUCAUGGACGAGUCGCCCGUCAAACGGUUUUGUCGUCAACCUGGCACCGGACCAUAUGUCCAGCUCAUUAAGGAGCGUCUGAUGGGCCUAUACGUACACGUGUUCGUGUACAAGGGCUGCGAGCACCUGGUCGAGGGCGUGGACAAGGACUUUGUGAGAACGGGCCUUGCGGGAGGUCGCAUCGGGAAUAAGGGCGGAAUCGGUAUCAGCCUCAACCUCAAGGGUCACCGGCUGCUGUUUGUCAACGCCCACCUCGCAGCCCAUACGGAGUGCAACGAUGACCGCAUUGCCAACAUCGACAAGAUCAAGUUGGAGCUCAGGCCUAACUGCUUCCUCCCCCAGGACGAUCCCCGCGCUGCUAUGCCAGAUAUCACGGAUCGGUUCGACACGACGUUUUGGUGCGGAGACUUAAACUUCCGCGUCGACAUCAGCCACUUACACUCCAAAUGGCUACUCAAGGAAGGUCGGUAUAUCACCGUAGCCCAGGAGUGGGACCAGCUGAAGAUGAUCAUGAACGAUCCGAAGAAGAAUCCACUGCCUGGAUUUGAGGAGGCCGAGAUCACAUUUAUGCCAACCUUCAAGUACGACAUAUGGAAGUCGGCGGGCUCGACGAAGAGGGACAAGCGCAGAUCGAUCCGCCGCUCUCGCCGUUCUUCCGAUCAGUCGAUGCGGCCGUCGAUAGACCGCCCUUCCAGCCCAAGAUUGGACGGUGUCCCGGAAAUCGAUGUGGUCGAGGAGAGCUCGUCGGGUCCUGAGAGCCCCGAGAUCACACACACAAUCCUCCAUGGACAACCCGUCAUGAGCCCAGUGCCGGAGACGCCACCUUUCAUGGAAGUGCGGUUGCCGGAUGAACUGUCGCUCGCGAGCAACAGCGCCGACCACAGCCAUGCUUCCUUACUCGAUCGAUCUCGUGAACCGACGCCGGGGGGUGCGUCGCGCAAGUCGACGGCGACGUAUGGAUCUCAGCGAUCUGACCGCGUAUCGGGGAGCACUGGCGGGCCGUCUCCGAGUUUACGGGAGAUGACGUCAAUGACACCGACUUCCGAAGAUACACAACGCGCGUCGGGUGCAUGGUCGAGAGGAACCUCGCGGUCGGCGACGGAGAUUCUCGGCACGAGCGUUGGGGCGACGAAGCGCAGUGGGACCACUCUCAAAGCUAAGACGCAGAAGCUUAUCAACAUUAUGCGACUCGGACGCAAGCCUGCCGUACCACCUGUUGAACUCACGAUCCCACUUGACGACUCGCGGCGUUCGUCCGUCUCGUCAGUCCGCUCCCGUGGUGUUUCCGAAUCCCGGUUGUCCGUCAUGAGCGAUGACCAGCCCCCGGCCCCCGGCGCUGGGACCUCCUCGCCCCGCAUGCCUAGAGCGAGCAUGGAAUCGGAUCUGGCGCCAACACCACCAGGCAUCGUCCUUCCUGACGGUGAGCCGGUCUAUAGAGCGUCCUCGCCACAGUCGGCAUACAGUGUGGGCGGGCGCAGGCUGGCGUCACCUCCCCGUCGUCCGCGCGGCCUCAUCCGCAGUUUCUCGGGGCGCGACCUGAGCGAGGAUGUGGACGAGGAGGAGGUGGACACGGUCGACACGCGCACAGGCGUGUACGACACGAGUAAGAAGGGUCGCAUCCCAAGCUGGUGUGACCGUGUGCUCUGGAAGACGCACGUGAUCCCCGACCCGGUCGACGAUCCCGCCACCCACAUUGACGACGACGACAGCGUCGCAUCGAACGGGCCGCUCAUGCGCCUCUCGAACGUCUUCUCAACCUUGUCGGGUCGCAUGCGCAGACGCUCGAGCUUUUAUGGCGAUAUGGAUACGCCCCGCACGUUGUUCCCCCGCUUGACGAGCUCCACAUCUGUGCCGUACGGCCUGGUGGCGUCCAUCCCUGACGACCAUACUAUUCCCCCCGAUCAACGUAUCGCUCGGGACAACUCUACUCCAACCAAGUCCGUACCGCCUUACCAGGUUAUUCGGCGCGAGCAGAACACCCCCAUUUCGCAACACGAGGAGGUGUUUGAGUCUGACCCGCCCACGCCGGUGGACGAGGAGGCACCAACCUCUGACUCGUCAGAGCAGGUGAACGGUAUAAUUGGGGUGUCCCCGCACCCCGCGGACAUCCGCUCGCUUCCGUUAAAGCGGAACCGUGGACUCAGUGUCACAUUCGAAGAUUCCCCGCCACUGCAGCCCCAAACUUGGCGUCGCGACCUGCCUACUACUGCCGAAGCACCUGCUAUACCUGCGCCCCCUCCCCGGAACAGCAUCGGCCUCGGACCCUCGCCACUCGCACAGCGCGUGUCCCAAGGCCGGCGCGCUUCGAGUGCAACAGAUAGCACAACAUCAAGGCACCAGAGCAUCGCACGCCGAUUGAGCAUGUCCUCCAUUGGGUCGAUCGGAUCCUCGACCUCGCCCACGAGACGGCGCAGCGAUGACGUGAGCCAUCUGCGCAAUGGCAGCUCGCCACAACUUCACUCUCUCAAGACGGUGCGCAGCUCCGGCCAAGUCGGCGACCCAGGAAACCGUCCACAUCGUGGCUCGGACGGCGGACUGGGACUGGGCCUUGUCGACGCGCCAUACGGCGGCCUCAACGCUCUGACGCGCUUCUUCCGCGGUCUUCCAGGGCGCUUCCACUCGCGUAUAAGCCUGUUCCACGGGAGCGAGGCCGAAGUCGAGGAAGCUGUGGUUGAGGUUCCCAGGCGCCACCUCGUGGGCGAGGUACAGGUUCUCCAUUACGGCACACUUGAAGACGCUGAGAUGCGGCGCCUCGAGGGCCGAAGUGACCAUUAUCCACUCAUAUUCUCCGCAGCGGUAUUCAUCUAG